AUUACGUUUAAAGGAAAAAGGGACUGCGAGUCAUGAGCUGUGUUCGUCUUUACCCCCUCACAGGGAGAGGUCUGUGUGCCAGUAGUCUCAAGAGUACCGCGAGUCAAAAGGUACCCUCCUACAACCAAAGAGAGACUAAAGUUUAUGUGGGGAACCUAGGCACUGGUGCAGGAAAAGGUGAACUCGAGCGGGCUUUCGGUUAUUACGGGCCUUUGAGAACUGUGUGGAUUGCCAGAAACCCUCCAGGAUUUGCCUUUGUGGAGUUUGAUGAUCCCAGAGACGCUGAAGAUGCCGUCCGUGGCCUUGAUGGCAAAGUGAUCUGUGGAUCCCGCGUCCGUGUAGAGUUAUCGACAGGUAUGCCGCGCCGCUCCCGUUACGACCGCCCGCCCACUCGGCGCCCCUUCGACCCUAACGACCGUUGCUAUGAGUGCGGUGAAAAGGGGCAUUAUGCCUACGACUGUCAUCGCUACAGUCGCCGCAGACGGAGCAGGUCUCGUUCUCGCUCUCGCGGAAGGAGGUAUUCUCGUUCCCACUCUCGCAGCCGGAGCCGAGGCAGGAGGUCGAGGUCCUUCUCCCCUCGCCGCUCUCGCUCCGGUUCUCCCAGGAGGUCCAGGUCUGGCACACCCAGAAGGUCCAGGUCUAGAUCACGAUCCAGAUCUCGCUCUCGCUCCGCCUCUCAUCCGAGGAGCAGAUCCGGCUCUGUUGGGAGAUCCAGGUCUAGAUCUGCAGCCAGGAGGAGGACAGAUUAUGGCUUAUUAACAGCAGCUGAGACAGGGAUGGUGAGGUGAAGGGCUUUACAGGGGUCGAAAGAUGAGGGAGGCAGGGAAUCCAGCCGGUGGUGAGCAGAAGGCGACAUCCCAGGAGUGCGGCACAGGCUCAGCAGGCAGGCGAAGCGUCGUUCAGCUUGAGGACUCUGAAAAUAGAGUAACAGGGAGACAGCGCGUUGGUUCCUCAGUAUGGGUUGCCCCAGUAACCCCAUGAACCUGGAUUUCCGCUGUGAUCAGCUGCUGGCAGGUGAAGGCCACAGCGGCACUCCUGAUUGGUCCUUUAUGUUUUGGCGUGAGUUUGGCCGCCCCGCUUUGCACCUCGGUGCUGAUGUACCAGUGAGUGGCGUCAUUUUUAGGCCUGGAUGCAUGGGGCGUCAGUGAGUGCUUAACAUAUGUGUUUUGCAUAGAAAAGAAAACAGUUUUUAUUGGGCUCUUUGGGAAAUCUCUCAAUUAUGAUAUGGAGAAACUGGGCAGAAGCAGAAAAGUGCCUGAAGCUUGUAACCAAUCAUUGACGCAUUAAUAAACAUGAGACAUCCCAAGCUUAAAGAUAUUGGUAUUAAUAGCUGCAGAAAUCAUCCAAAAAAAAGUUUUGAUAACAUUUCCUACUGUUAAAUAUACUUUAAGUAUAAAGUUUUUUCGGUUCCGACUCUCUUCCUGUUUGUGUGUAGCUGUCACUAAACUUCUGCUUUUAUGGGCAAUAUAAGGGGCUGUUCUGUCAACAUGUAUGUGUUUAUCUGCCUGUUUGUUUCUCUUGCAUAUAACGAGAGAGAUUUAAACCAGAGGCCAGAUAAGCAGAUGAAACUGAUACGAAACACACACACAUACACACACCCACACCCACAGAAUAUACGUGUCAUUAAUAGAUAGUUGUUUUGAAAGCCAGCAGCCACCGACUGGCUUAAAUAUGCAUUAUAACAGGUACAAACCCUUGUGCCGUUCACUGUCAAGAAGUUAAUAAAAAUAAAAAUUAAACUUAUUAAAAAACUGUAAUGUAGGCUUUUCCACACCCUUUUUUUUUUUUUUUUUAAAUGAUGGUUAAAAAUGUGUUGUCCUCCGUUUACUUUUAGGUUUUAGAUUACGUGGGGCGCAUGCCGGUUAAAAACGUAUAUGCAUUUCUGUUUAAUAAACCACCGCUUGAUUAAAGAUCUAGAACUUCAGCAAAAGUAGAACUUCACCCGUCCUCGUCAAAAGGUCUGUUGUGAAAGGUUGUCUAUCGGAGGAUCAGAGUUUCAAGCCACAGCGCAGUCACAUAGUCACUGUCGGGCCUUUAAACCAUUUCUGCUCCAGGGGUGCUGCGUCAUAUGGUGUGACAUUGUUGCCUUUCAAAAUGGAUUAAAUGGACCAGUAUAUGUUGGUAAAAAUUGUGUUAUUCUGAUUAUACCGCAAUUCAGUUCUCCUUAAUGCACGACAAUAAUUAUUGCGUAUAAUUGCACAUAAUUUGACCGUUUAUAUAGUAACCCAUUCUGUAUGAUGUGGAAUCAUCCAUCUCUCUCUCUCUCUCUCUCUCUAUCUGUGUGUGUGUGUGUGUGUGUGUGUGUGUGUGUGUGUAUAAUGUGUAUAUAUAGUGCAUUGUGACUUGCUGUGGUAUAAAAUAGACCUACACUGUGUAAUGAGUUCAUCUGUAAUGCAUGGUACUCUUUAUCAUCUUGCAUGGGCCAGAGGCUGUCUGCUAGGAUAAGGAAAGGAAAUAAAACCACUUGAGUAAUUUCUCAGUAAACUGUUAAAAAAAAAAGCUGAAUAAUAAAAAGGCUAAAGGAGCAUUUUUGUUUUAA